UUAUUUUUCUUAUCAUUUCUUAACUAUAUUUAUAUUGUGGAGGGCGUACAAAGGGAAAACUCGAAUGAUUAAAGCAUAACAUAAAGAGUUUUGGACAAUUAACAACUGUCGUGCAAAAUGCAGAAAACUUCCAGGGAAACAGGUAUGGACAAACAGAUACAACCUUCAGUACCCGAUUAUCCAGCUGAAAGAGAGAUUGAUUACGACAUUGCGAUAAUCUAUGACAAAGAAGACUUUCAAGAUGUUUUGGAAUUCAAGGAACACCUUGUAACCGAUGUUCUAGAAUCAAAAGAUAAACAAAACAUUUCAGUUGUAUCAUUUGACACGACAAUGAUGAAGAACAUUAGGGAAGCUCUAACAAAGUCCAGAUUUGCUUUUCUAUUCCUCACUAGAUCCUUUUGUGAAGAGUCCUGGCCUAGACUGUCUCAAGAGAGUGUUGUAAGAAAUGUGUUGUACGGGGAUGAGAGUGGGUGUAUAAUUGUACCUAUCUUUACCGUGAAUAGAAGUGAGUCAACAUUCAAGAUUCCUUUAGGCCUCAACGUCUUAAAAGGACUCCGAUACUGUGAUAGAGACCAAUUUUAUACAGCAUCUGUUAUCAAACUUCUGUUUUAAUUAAAUUUUUCAACAGAUAAUACUUUUUAACAACCGCAGCCGAGUUGAUGAAAUGUAGCUAAGAGUGUAUGCAUUUCCUUUAUAAAUUUCCUAAAUACGUCAAAUACUAGUACAUGUACUUUGUAGAUUGUUACUUGCACUAUUAAAUCAAUCAUUCUGUGCAUGUUUGUUAUAUAAAUCUUCAUCUGUAAUAUGUAUGUACAACUUACUACACAAAAGUCAGAGCAUUCGCAUGACACUCAUUUUUCAUAUAUUACGCUGUUGAAAACUUGAAAACUAAUGUUUGUGUUAUUUUUAGUAUUAAAAUGUUUAUAAUUAUUCAAUCUUCCUAGAAUGAUGUAAAUGUUUUUGUUUAUAAAUGAAUAAAAAGUGUAAGUCUGAUAUUGGAUCUUAAUAUUGAUAUAUUAUUUAAAGGAUGUUUAGAUUCAUAAGAUCCGGCGUAGAAAGGGGGGAUUCUGAAUCCGACCAUUCGAUUGAAAUCAUAAAUUGACUAUUUUGAAAAGUGCUUGUAGAGCUCUGAUAAUGUACUCUCAGUUUCUGUUCCAGGAAGCUUCAAAACUUUUUUGUACCCUCAUAAUGUUGAAACAACUUUAUAGAUAAGCUAUUCACAACAUUUAAGGAAAAUUUGACGUAAGCAAUCAACAAUCCUUAAUGUUUCAGAUAAACAUUUAUUUGUUUGUUUUUUUUUAAGUUAACAUUUUCUGUUAUAUUUUUUGAAAAUUUCUGGGUUUUUUUUUUUUACACAAUUUUGU